UUGCGCUGUGCACGAUGCGCGAUGGUUUCGUCUGCUGCUGCCUUUCACUCUCUUUUUGUAUAUAACUUUACCCCUCUCUUUUUUUCUCUCAUUUCUCUCGGUCUCUCUCUCUGUGCUCUCAUUUCUCAACGUGUAGUAUUCCAUUCCAUACAUCUAUAAGUAUCAGCAUCUAUAGAUGCACCGUGAUAUCAUUCUCUUAGUGUUCUUACAAGCUUUCAUGAUGUCGAGUUCUGUCAGAUUGAAUUAGAGUUACGAAUAGUGAGUACUUGUCGAAAAUUUUUUUCGGUAAUCUCUUAAUAUCGGUUAUUUUAAUUGCUUCCAUGUGUCAAAUCCAUUAAUUAAAUACGCAUUUGUUGUAAUUAUGAAAUUGAAAACGAUGUUACAUCCAACUUUAACUUUCAAUGCAGUUGUUAAAACUGACAGCUGAGUUAUGGUGACAAUUAUGAGCACAAUAGUUGUUGCAUAAAUGCUACUUCAUUGAUAAUUAGAAGCUGGAAAAGCAGUGAUUCUGACAAUGUGGCUGCACAGAAAUAUUUUCACUUGUAAAUAUUGAUUUUCCAACAAGAACUGUGCAGAUGAUGAGUCAUUCUGGUUGUUGAUUAGUUAUAAAUACUUAUAUUAUUACAAAAGAAAAAAAAAUUACGGAGCCUCAAGAUGUUGAGGAAAAUGAGCAGAGCUACACCAAAAUUGGUAGAGAAGAAACACAUCAAGUACUUUCAGUUAGUUCUUCAAAUGGUCCCUCAGGGUGUACCAGAUGCCUCGAGAGCGACUUUAGCAUACUUUGCCCUGUCAGGUCUGGAUCUACUCAAUGCUUUGGAUCAUCUGUCUCAACAGCAAAAAAAGGACGCCAUCAAUUGGUUUUACAGACUACAAGUCAAGGGAGCUGGCAAAAGAUCGGGCUUUGAAUCAUCCUCCAUGAUUCCAAAAGAUGUAAUAACUAAAUAUCACUGUGGCCAUUUGGCAAUGACCUACACAAGCUUAGCAGGGUUGCUGAUUCUUGAGGAUGAUUUGAGUGAUGUUGAUAGGGAUUCUAUUAUCAAAGCGGUUGAAGCUUGUCAGAACUCGGAUGGUUCGUUUACCGCGAUGAUAACAGGAUACGAGAGUGACAUGAGGUUUCUCUAUUGUGCUUGCUGGAUUUCAGCUGUUUUAGAUGACUGGUCUGGAGUGGAUAAAGAAAAGGCUGUUGACUAUAUUGUUAAAAGUUUUUCAUAUGAUGGUGGAUUUGGUCAAGGACCAGGUCUCGAGAGCCAUGGCGGCUCUUCGUUUUGUGCUGUGGCUAGCUUAUAUUUAAUGGAUGAACUAGAUAAUGCACUCACUAAAAAUCAGUUGGACAAGUUGAAGAGAUGGUGUCUUAUGAGGCAAGUUGAUGGUUUUCAUGGAAGACCUGGCAAACCAUCGGACUCUUGUUACAGCUUUUGGAUUGGGGCAACUUUAAAUUUACUGGGAAUUAGUAAAUUAUCAAACUGGGAAGAGAAUAGGGCAUUUCUUCUUGAUACCCAAAACACAAUAAUGGGAGGCUUUGGCAAGUACGCUGACGAACAACCAGAUCCCCUACAUGCAUACUUUGGAAUAUGUAGCUUAAGUUUGAUAGAAGAGCCCAGUCUACAAGAAAUGCAUCCUGCAUUGAAUAUUUCACAAAGAGCAUACGCACAUUUGCAAAAAAUUCAGAACCAGUGGAGAGGAAUUUUUUAAACUAACAAAUGCAUUGCCAUAUACAUUACUUGCAUAAUACACGCACAAUAAGUUAAAGUUGAACGACAUUUUUGUAUAAUAUAUACUCGAAAGUUUAAACAGUUACAUUUAUUUUUAACGUUUGUGAAUUACACAGCUGCUCAGGAAAAGUUGACUAUUUUAUACUUUUUUAUUGUAACUUACAUUUCAUGUUCUUUUACACUUUGGAAAAUUUUAUAAAGCUCAAUACAUACAGUUACAAAAAA